AUGCAUAAUCCCCAAGGUGUGUCUCCGAGGCAGCCGCCCGGGCUUCUGGUCGGUGUGCUCCAUCCAGGUUACUACAAAGUCGACCGCAGCGCAUUCCCCUAUGAGCGGCGGCCUAUCUCCAAAGCCUACAUGGCUCCUGGGGACGGGGACUUCUACUACUGUGGGGGGGCAUUCGGAGGCCUCCUGCAGGAAGUACACCGGCUUACCAAAACCUGCUCCACCAACUUUGGGGAUGAUGCUAAAAAAGGCAUUGAGGCAGCCUGGCAGGAGGAGAGUCACAUCAACAGGUAUUUGUGGAUCAAUAAGCCCAGUAAGGUUCUGUCCCCUGAGUACCUGUGGCAAGACUUUAAACCCCGCGAGCCUGAACUUCACAUCAUCAGGUUCUCUGGAGUUGUGAAGAACUACGCAGAGAUCCGACCCAAUGUCUGAGAGAACCCAGCUGCACCAGACGGACUGGGAGAGGCAGCUACAUAGUCCUGGCUCAUUUUCUGUUUCAGAAAAACACUCAGAAAUACUUUCUCUGUCUUACACAUGAUGAGAUGACUCAAGGAAUAAAUCUUAUAAAAUUUG